GCCCAGCCGUUUACAGAGAGAUCUGAGCCCAACGAUGAGAGGAAUGGAAGAUGAGUGUCAUCUUGUUGCUUACGAGAUUCAACUUCGUUUUUGAAAUUUCUGCAACUCGAAGCAAUUCCUUCUGGGAGACUAGGUCGCUCGUAGACUUUUUACAUGUUUUUCAACUCUCUUAAGCUUAUUAUCAUUCCAAUUUCGUUCAAAUUUGACCCUUUACGAUGAUGUCCCCAAAUCUUAGCCCCGACGAUCGAGGCUCUUCUCAUGCGGCUAAUUUCAGGCACACUCCCUUGCAAAUAAUCCAUUUCAUUGGCAACUUCUUGAGGAUAUGGUCUGUGUAUUCCAUGUACAGCUAUCUGUCUCAAACAGGAGCUUCUGUUGUACUUUUUAUCUUCAGUUGUCUUGUUCCAUCAUCCAUCCUCUUUUUAAUUCUGCAAAAGCCAUGGAAGGGAAGGCCACUCUCAAAUACACAGGUAGUCCCUUCGCUUAUUAAUGGGGUGAUUACAGCUUUAUACUACAUCUUAUGGGGAAUAGGCCUUAAAUCCUGUGGCCCUGUUAGGGCUAUUUUGGCAGAGUACUCAGGUGCUGUUCUUGGAGUUCUUUCUGCUGUUUUGUAUGGCAGAAAAGGGCAUAUUUGGAAAAAGGUUGGUGGGCUGUUUGCAAUGUUGGCAUCUUUCUACUUCUUGUCUCAAGGAUGGGCCACUGCUACAUAUUCUCCAUUCUCAUAUAAUGAUAGCGAUGAUACUGAAGGUAAAACACAGGAAAUAUUAAACAUGAAGAGCAUGAUUGCUCCUAUAUCUGCUGGAGUUUUAUCAGCAUUAAGAAGGGUAAUCACAAGACGUAUCUCACUCAAGAAUCAACUAAAAAGAAGGCUUCAUGCUAUAACUAUUGCAUCUGCCACUUGCUUUCUGUUUCCAGUAGCCAUGUGGGACAUGAUUGUAGGUUCUAGCUCAACCAAUGUGGAAUUGCCAUUUUCUGUUUGGGCUUUUUCAAGCACCAUUCUCUUUGGUGUAAUAUUAAUAUUUUAUGUGGAUAGCAUUGCUGAAGAAAGGCUGCAUAUGGUGUUCUCAUCUCCAAGACAUUUAAUGGUUGCCGGAGGAUGCUUAAUUCUCAUGGAAAUCUUUUACAAAAUGGACUUCUCAUUACCAGGCUUUUUGAUUUGUUGCAUUCUAUUGGGCUUUGGAAUAUAUGAAGCAACUUCUUUGGAACGUGGGAAAAAAGACAAUUUAAAUAAUAUUGAUGUUGGGAAUGGGUUAUUUGAUGAUCAAAGUCAAAGGUCUCCUCUUCCAACUUGAUAUAUUUGAGACUCGUAUCUUUGUUAAUUGCAUGGAUUAUGUGUAUGUACAUCACGAGAGAGAAGAUUAGAAGCAAAUGUUGCAUUAUUGAUAAUAUCUUUAUAUUCACAAGAACUCAAGAAGCCAAGAAAUUUACUCAAGAAGGAAGAGAGCUCAAGUGAUGAAAAUGAAGUGAAUGUGAAAGUUGAUUACUAACCAACUAUUUUGAGUGUUAUUAUAAGAUUAGUCACUCUUUUUUUUUUUUUUCACAUUUUAAUGUAUGAGAAAGUAACCAACUAACAAAUUUGUUCAAAUUAUGAAAAUAUGACUUUCAACGGUUUUAUCGGUUA